AUCUUGGCACUCAAGCUCCCUUCCAUCUACAGCGCUUUCUUGUUCACUGCCUUCAAAACAAGUUAUUCUCGAACUGAAGUAACAGCUUCUCACCACAGAGGAUCUCCUCACAGAGAUGGCUGACAAGGUGCUCGCAGAUGUCCAAAUUCAGCUAACGAAAGGUUUGACGCUGACUGUGAUCAAGCAGCUCCUGGACGAUCUGAAAAUGGACAAAGUAUUAAACGAAGAAGAAGCUGAAACCAUCCUGGAGUCGAAUGCAGCGCGAGCUGAUAAAGCUCGUGAUCUAAUCCACAGUGUUGAGAAGAAAGGGUGUGUGGCCAGUGAAAUCAUGAUAGCAAAACUAAAAGUCCGUGAUCAACAUCUUUACAAUGAGCUGAAACUGGGUAGGCCUCUGCUGCCAGCUUGUGAGGAACCUGCACCUGAAGCUCUUGCUCAUCAGCCAAUUACUGUCUCAGUACAUUCAGUGGUCCAUGCGGGCAGCAACAGUCCAUUUACAGACGAUGACAGCAAUGAGGUAUACACAAUGGACAGCAUUCCCCGCGGUUUCUGUGUAAUCAUCAACAAUGAGGAAUUUAAAAAUGAGAAGCGAAAAGGAUCUGACAAAGAUGCAGCUGCUUUGGAGAAAGUGUUUAAGAUUCUGGGUUUUGAUGUUCAAAUUUAUACUAAUCAGGAAGCAGAGGCGAUGAAGAAGCUUCUGCUAGACUUCAGCAAGAAAGAACAUGGAGAUUGCUUUGUCUGCUGUGUGCUCAGUCAUGGAGAGAAGGAAGGUGUGCUUGGGAUAGAUGAGGAACUGUGUCCCAUGAAGGACAUCCUGUCUCCAUUUGAUGGGAUAAACUGCUCUUCUCUGGCCGGCAAGCCCAAGGUGUUCUUCAUCCAGGCCUGCAGAGGGGAAAACAUGGAAGCGAAUGUUGUGGUCUCUGAAGAUAAUGUUGUUGAGGUGGAUGGCUUGGGUUUGACAAUUGGCGGUCCAAAAAACACUUACAGCAUCUCCCAAUACUCUGAUUUCCUGGUCUCCAUGUCCACAGUAGACGACCAUGUCUCAUAUCGAAAUGAAGGUGGCUCAUGGUUCAUUCAAGCACUCUGCAAACAAUUAGAAGACGGAAGUCAACGCGGUGACGACAUCCUUACAAUCCUCACCAGAGUGAAUAAUGAGGUCAGCAGGAAGGUGGGGGAAGUGGAAGUACAACAAAGCAGAUGUUGUUGUUUCUCAUUUGUGACAACCCAUGUUGCUAAGAUGACCCCGGAGCCCUGUUACACCCUCAGAAAGAAGCUGAUUUUCAGAAUUGCAUGAAAUUUUCACAGCUGUCAAUGAAAAACAUUUACCCUAAUAAAAUGGGUUAGAUUCCAA